CUGGUAUGCUCGCCGGUUGAGACCUUCUUUGUUUCUCUGUCUCUCUGUAUUCUGUCCUUUCCUUCACGCCUUGAGCCUUAUUUCUUCCCUAACUCAAAACUCAUUGGGGUCUCAUUCAAUACACAGUGGUUCCUAUCUUUGCUUUGAAUCGUUCUCAUCUAAAUUUCGAUACUUUAUCUUGAAUACAAGUUUCUGAGAUUUCUGGGUUUCUCUGAUCUGAUCAGUUGAAACGCCUAUCUGAUCCAGUACGGGAUCAUUGGGUUUUCUCUUCGGUGUUUGGAUACUUUCAAACCGAAAGGAAACCCAUGGAAAAUUAAGCGAUUUAGACUAAUAUUAAAUUUCCUACAGAUGAUACUUUGACAAAGCUAAAGCCUCCAGACAACUAAGCCCUGUGAUAGUAUAUUUAUGAUCACAACCAAACGAUGGAAAUGAUGGGAACUGGGUUGCGCUUUGGGCCUCUGCGCGGUGAGAACCGGUUCUACGUCCCAUCGAAAGGCAGAAAAAAUCAGAAUCAGCAAAAACAAGCUCGAAGAGGAAAAAAGGGUGAUGAGACCGAGAGGCUGGAUUCAUCUCCGACGAGCAAAGGCCCUCCAUAUUCAUUAACAAAGCCUUUGGAGCUUCCUCUAAAGCCUGCUAGUAACCUUGAUAGGUUCUUGGAAUCCACCACGCCUUUGGUCCCGGCCCAGUAUUUCUCCAAGACGACAAUGAGGGGGUUGAGGACUUGUGAUGUUGAGUUUCAACCAUACUUCAUGUUGAAUGAUCUUUGGGAAACAUUUAAGGAACGGAGUGCAUACGGGGUGGGAGUGCCUUUUGUACUUAAUGAGGGUGAUUCUGUUGUUCAAUAUUAUGUACCAUAUUUAUCUGGCAUACAAUUGUAUGUCGAGCCUGCUACAGGGUCAAAUGCUAAGCCAAGUCUCUGAGAGUAUCCUUUUUGCCUGGGUUUCUGUUUCUGAAAGAGGGAUUAUAAUGACUGAGCUCCUUGAUGGUUUAUACUCUUCUAAACGUGCUGGUUGAUCUUUUGAGGAUAUUGCCUUGUAUCUUAUGGUUAGCCCCACUGACUUCUUUAGAGGAAACUUGGUGGAGGAUUUGAACUUUGGCUGUCUGGAAUAAUAUGACUUGGCUUAUAUGAGAAAAUCUUUGCCUUCAGUUUUUGCAGCGUGGGAUUGAGAGCAUUGUAAGGUGGGCCAGUUUUCCAUCUGAUUUCCCGUUGCUGAUUGAGAGAGGGCUGACUUAAAUCAUUUCUUGGGCCGGUUGAGAUGAUAGGCUUUUUCCCAGUCUGAUUUAUUUCUUCAGGCGGCAAUUCCUUUGAACUUUGAAGAGAGACUUCAUUCGGUAUGGCCCAAGAGGGGCUUAAGCCCGAAACAGCUUCUUGUAAUUGCGUCCAUCGAGAUGGCCACGAUUCCGGAUUAAGUACUGAGUAAGAAGGUAUUUUCUGCAGCCGUAUCCGUUUAUUGUAAUGAAUAUCCCGAUUUUCCAUAUGUGAGAUUUGAUAAUUGACUGGUUGGAAGGCAUUAGGUGGAUAGGAUUUAUUGCCCAUAUUUAAUAUUCUACUUCCCGAAGUGGGUGAGGCAUUAAAGGCUAAUACUUUACUGUACUCAACAGUACUGACUCUUUGAAAAAGAGAGACUUGUUCUAAGCUGA